CUCGCCCCAAGCUUCUUGAAUAUUAUUUUUUUUGGUGGGGGUAGACAAAAAGGGGGGACCCUCCCCCCCUUGGGUGGAAAUCUGGGGUGGCUCGAGGAAGGAGCAGGUGGGACCCCCCCUCCUUGGCCCAUCUCCCUCUGGACCCCCCACCUUUGUCUCCGGGGUGGCCCCGCCCCUUACCUCGCCCCCCCGUUCCCACAUCUCGGCUUGGGCUCGUCUUUCCGUUCGCACGUGCUUGGAUUUCGCUUCUGCCCGCUCCACGCCUCGACCCGGAUUCCGCCAUGGCCGCCUCGGCGGGGAGGGCUCGCUCCGGACCCGCCGCCCUUUUCUGCUGCAUCGGGGCUCUGAUCAGCCAUGCUCAUGCCAAGGUCCUCCCCACCAGCUCAGAGCCCCCAGAGACCUCCCAGCCUCCCUCAGCUCCUGCCACUCUCCCGGUAAGCUACCGCCUGUCCAACACCCGUCUGGCCUUCUUCCUACGGGAGAUGCGGCCUCCAGGCUGGAACGCUAGCCUGACACGCUCGGAGCCCUUUGUCGUCUUCCAGACCAAGGAGUUGCCUGUCCUGAACGUCUCCCUGGGACCUUUUGGUGCCAGCCUGGCCUUGCCCAAAGAACUCCUCCAGCCUUCCAGCACCCUGGAGAUCCCCGAGCGGCUGACGGUCAACUGGAAGGUGCGCGCCUUCAUUGUCCGAACGCGGGUGCCGGCCACCCAGCCCACGGCGCAGGUUCUUUUCUACGUCGCCGGCAGGGACUGGGACGACUUCGGCGUCACCGAGCGGCUGCCCUGCGUGAGGCUGCACGCUUUCCGCGAGGCCCGUGAGCUGCGUGCCUCCUGCCGCCUGCGGGGGGUCCUGGCCUCCUGCCUAGCCCAGGCUGAGCUGCCCCAGGCCUGGUUUGGACCCUCGGCUGUGCCCCUGGGGCGGAGGAAAGCGCCGGAGGGGAUGGACCUUUCCGGGGACGCCCAGCAGGUGGAGCUGUACUACACCCUCCACGCGCCUGACGGGGCUGGGGACUGUGGGGGAGAGGGGGCCGGGCGGAGGGGGGGCGGAGGGGCACGGGCGGAGGGUCCCACGCAGCACCCGCUGCUCCGCAUUGGCAGCCUGAGGCUGGUGCAGCCGCCCCCCGCCCCAGUCUUCCAGGAGCAGCGGCUAGACGACAACGUCUUCAUUCAGCUCCCAGAGAAGCCCCUCAAGCCCGGGGAGGUGCUGAGCAUCGUCCUUUACCUGAUGAACAACUCAACGGUCGAGCACUUCACCCUCAGAGUGAAGGCCAAGAAAGGGGUGAAUCUCCUCACAACCAGAUCCAGGCACCCCAAGUGGCUCGUGAAUUCGGAGUUCCAGACGGGCAGCAAACACUCCACCUCAACCGUCGACGUGGCCUGGAUCGGAGGUGCUCAACCCAGGGCUGAGGAUUCCCCCUAUGAGGUCAUGCAGCUGGACUUUGAAAUGGAGAACUUCACCAGCCAGUCGGUGACCCGCCGCAUCAUGUGGCAUAUAGACUACCGAGGCCGAAACCCUCCGCCCGACUUAGAGAAGGCUGUCACGGAGCUGGCCGUCAUCCAGAGGGACAUUCGUGCCAUCCUGCCACUGGCCAUGGACACGGAGAUCAUCAAUACGGCCAUCCUAACAGGUCGGACGGUGGCCAUCCCAGUCAAGGUCAUUGCCAUUGAGAUGACGGGCGUCAUUGUGGACAUCUCGACCGACGCAGAAUGCAAGUCCACUAAUGAGGACAUCAUCAAGGUUUCCAGCAGCUGCGACUAUGUCUUCGUGAGUGGCAAAGAAUCGAGGGGCUCCAUGAAUGCCGGGGUGUCCUUCAGCUACGAGCACCUCACCGCCCUCCUGGAGAUGACCGUCUGGGUCCCCAAACUCCCGCUGCACAUCGAGCUCUCUGACUCCCGGCUCAGCCAGGUGAAAGGGUGGCGAGUUCCAGUCUUACCCGAUAGGAGGUCUGUCCGGGAGAGCGAGGAUGACGAAGAAGAGGAAGAGCGGCGGCAGAGCCGGGGCUGCACCCUCCAGUACCAGCAUGCCACCCUGCAGGUCUUCACCCAGUUCCACACCACCUCCUCGGAGGGCACGGACCAGGUGGUCACCAUGCUGGGCCCGGAGUGGAUGGUUGAGGUCACGGACCUGGUCAGCGACUUCAUGAAGGUCGACGACCCUCGGGUGGCACACAUGGUGGACACCAACACCCUCGCUGGCCGGGAGCCUGGCACCACCCUCUUCAAGGUGGUCUCUCCGCUCAUGGAGGCGGUCCUUGGGGAGACCCUGGUGACGGUGGCCGACGAGAAGGUCAGCAUCACCGAACUGAAGGCCCAGGUCAUCUCAAACCUCUCCCUCUCCCUCCACCCCAGCCCUGGGAACAGCCACACCAUCGUGGCCAAGACGACAGCCCAGCAGACUCUGAACUUCUCCAAGCAGGAGGCCUUGCUGAGCCUCUGGGUGUCAUACAGCGACGGCACGACCGCCCCGCUCUCCUUGUACGACCCCAAGGACUACACGCUGGUGGUGACCAGCCAGGACAGGGCGGUGGUGUCAGUGAUGCCUGAGAGAGCCUUUCCGCUGGUGAUGGCCGAAGGCGAGGGGGCUGGCGAACUGAUCAGGGCCGAGCUCAUGAUCUGCGAGAGCUGUCAGAAGACCAAGAGGAAGAGCGUGCUAGCCACCGCCCUGGCUAGCGUCCGAGUGCAUUUCAGCUCCGAGGAGGAGCCCACCUACGACUACGAGCCUGUCCAAACACCCAGCAGGCCCGAGCGGGACAAGGGGAGCCCUGGCACCACGCCCCGGGUGGAAGGCGACUGGCACUUGCCGCCCAGCCCGGAAAGCCGGCCGCCCAGUGCUGCCCUCCCGACCGAGGACUUCCCAACCAUCCCCACAGGUUAUGUGCAGGUGACGCGGGGCCUGACGGACCUGGAGAUCGGCAUGUACGCCCUGCUGGGCGUCUUCUGCCUCGCCAUCCUCGUCUUCCUCAUCAACUGCAUCGUCUUCGUCCUCAAGUACCGUCACAAGCGGAUCCCGCCGGAAGGGCAGACCAACAUGGACCACUCUCACCACUGGGUUUUCCUGGGCAACGGGCAGCCCUUGCGGGCCCAAAACGACCUCUCGCCGCAGCCGGAGAGCUUGGGCAACCCUCUGGAGAACGUCCAGACCUGCUGCCACGCCGACCACCACAGCAGCGGCUCCUCGCAGACCAGCGUGCAGAGCCAAGUGCACGGGCGGGGGGACGGCUCCUCGGGGGGCUCCACCAGGGACCAGAGCGAGGACCCGCUCAACUCGCCCACCUCCAAGCGGAAGCGGGUCAAGUUCACCACCUUCGCCACCAUGCCCUCUGAGGAGCUGGCGUACAACUCCAUCCCCAUCGCUGACGAGGAGGACUUGGAGUGGGUCUGCCAGGACAUGGGUCUCCAGGGACCCGAGGAACUGCACAACUACAUCCACAAGAUCAAGGAGAUUGCAUAGCAGGCUUGAGCCCCACGCUUACCGGAGGCAGAGGGGGUUCCCUUUGGAGAAUCGGAAUGGAUCGGCCGCAUCGCCCUCCGGCAUUCGCUGGGCUCCUCUACGGCCCUCCUCCAA